CAACAGCUCUGUCUGUCCCUCUUUGUCCAACUUAGUGUGUUGGUUUCUCCGAGUCAUCUCUGUUGCGGAGUCUUUAAUCACUGGAGAGGGUUUUUCUGGGUUUUAUUUGUGCUGCACUUUCUGAUACUGUUUUGAGAUUUUGGCUGGUUUAAGACUUGAAUACCAAUGAGUGACUUAAAACCAAGCACACCUCUGAUCUCUCCCUCAAUUUCUAGAAGGCUUCCUGAUUUUAAGCAGUCUGUUAAAUUGAAGUAUGUGAAGCUUGGAUAUCAUUAUCUGAUCACCCAUGGAAUGUACCUGUUUUUAUCUCCACUAGUUGUUGUUAUUGCUGCUCAGUUGUCCACAUUCUCAUUCCAAGACCUUCAUGCUCUUUGGGAACAUCUCAAGUUCAAUCUGAUAUCAGUUUUCUUGUGCUCGACCCUUUUGGUGUUCUUGUCUACUUUCUAUUUCCUUACUCGACCUCGAGCUGUUUAUCUUGUAAAUUUCUCGUGCUAUAAGCCUGAGGAUGUGAGGAAAUGCACGAGACAGCGCUUCAUGGAACUAUCAGUGUUCACUGGCUCAUUUACGCCUGAAAACCUUGACUUCCAGAGGAAAAUUGUGGAGAGGUCAGGUCUUGGUGAGUCAACUUACCUCCCUGAAGCUGUGCUCACAGUUCCUCCAAAUCCCUGUAUGGCAGAAGCUAGAAAAGAAGCUGAAACUGUAAUGUUUGGUGCCAUUGAUGAACUACUUGCCAAAACUUCUCUAAAGCCCAAAGACAUUGGUAUUCUCAUUGUCAAUUGCAGCUUGUUUAAUCCCACUCCAUCUUUGUCUGCUGUGGUUAUUAACCAUUACAAACUUCGUGGGAACAUUAUCAGUUACAAUCUAGGUGGGAUGGGUUGUAGUGCUGGUUUGAUCUCGAUUGAUCUUGCUAAAGAUCUUCUUCAAGCCCAUCCCAACACUUAUGCUCUUGUGAUCAGCAUGGAAAAUAUUACUUUGAAUUGGUAUUUUGGGGAUGAAAGAUCAAUGCUUGUUUCAAAUUGCUUGUUCCGAAUGGGAGGGGCUGCAAUUCUGCUUUCUAAUAAAAGAUCUGAUCGAUGGAGAUCCAAGUAUCAGUUAGUGCACACCGUCAGAACCCACAAAGGAUCCGAUGAUAAAUGCUUUUCUUGUGUUACCCAAAUGGAGGAUCCCAAAGGUGAAAUUGGGGUUGCUCUGUCAAAGGAUUUGAUGGCAGUAGCUGGUGAUGCUUUGAAGACAAACAUUACUACUUUGGGUCCUCUUGUGCUGCCCAUGUCAGAGCAGCUACUCUUCUUUACCACAUUGGUGGCGAAGAAGCUGUUGAAGAUGAAGAUUAAACCUUAUAUUCCUGAUUUCAAGUUGGCCUUCGAGCAUUUCUGCAUCCAUGCUGGUGGAAGGGCUGUAUUAGAUGAGCUGGAGAAGAAUCUCCAGCUUUCUGAUUGGCACAUUGAGCCCUCUAGGAUGACACUCUACCGAUUUGGGAACACCUCAAGUAGCUCUCUUUGGUAUGAGUUGGCAUACUUAGAGGCCAAGGGGAGGAUUAAGUGGGGAGACAGAACUUGGCAGAUAGCAUUUGGUUCUGGCUUCAAGUGCAACAGUGCAGUUUGGAAGGCCUUAAGAACUAUCAACCCAGCUAAGGAGACGAAUCCGUGGAUGGCUGAGAUUGACCAAUUUCCAGUAGAAGUUCCAAGGGUCUCAGCAAUCUAACAAACAUAGUUUCAAGUUCUGAUGUUCAGGCUUGCGUAGUGCCAUCAGUUUCUAGCCCUGCAGACUCAUCUUGACAGGAAUGUGUGUAUUAAGUUGCAUUUCUCGAUGGAGAGAUGGUAGUUUAAUAAUGUAUUAAGGUUAUUUUGACAUAUUUGCCUUCCUGUUUGCCCUUGUGGUGUUUCCGUAUAGGUGGAUGGACAAGCACAAGCCACAAGGGCAUGGUUGUGGGAAGCAUGUGUUCUGUAAAUUGUGGCAAGUUGGGGUAGCAUGAAUUUAACCAGAAAUGCUAUGAUCUUAGUUCAAGACUUGAGAUAACAUGAUUCAUUACUUUGAACCCUUUUUUUGGGGUAGUUUUGAGCUAGAGAGGCAAGAAUUAUGGUAGGAAACUUGUCAUGGCUACCCUUGUUUGCAAUUUCUUUUUUGUGUCCAGAAUCCAUGGUGUUCCUUCAAAGAACUGAACAAAUAUCAUCUUUCAUUUGUUAUUA